GAAUUCCUUCAUUUUUAUAACUGGUAUAGUAAGAGCUUAUACCAACUGCUAACAACUGUCAAAAUGGAGAGGAUACUGAAGAACUGCCUGAAGAUAUCCCUGAAACUAGCCAACCUAACCUUAGGAACUGUGGGCAUAGCAAUGUUCAUGUAUGGCCUCUGGAUGAUCAGAGUUUGGCAGCGGGACACAGCCGGCUCGGACUAUGCUUUUCCUUGGUUUGUUCAUGCAUUUCUUGGCAUUGGUAUUGGUCUCUGUGCAAUCACAUUCCUUGGUCACUUUGCUGCUCAUACUGCAAAUCCUUCUUGCCUCACUUCUUAUAUGUUUACCAUCUUCUUGCUUCUGUUAGCAGAGACUGGAUUACUAGCAGAUGUUUACCUCAAUUCUGACUGGGAAAAGGAUUUACCAGAAGAUCCAUCAGGGAGGUUUAAUGAUUUCAAGAAUUUUGUGAAGAAUAACAGUGAAGAUUUCCAAUGGAUCACCCUGUUCAUUGUGCUUGCUCAGGGAGUUUCGAUUUUAUUAGCAACUGUUCUCAGAACCCUGGGAAAAGACACAAGAUAUGAGAGGGAAAAUGGUGAGCCAAGAGUUCCACUUCUGGAUCAACCUGACCAAACAUUUCCAGCAUAUCCAUAUGUUGUUGGUGAACCAAGAUUCCCCUGCAAGAAUGUCUGAGGUUCUUGAAUGUUAGGAUUCUGAAUCAACCAAAAACGAAAAGAUGCUUGCUUACCCUCAUGUAGACUUGCAGAAAAUAGCUAAUAGUAAGAUGCAGAAUCAGAAAUGUAUCCAUGUUUGAGUAGCUCUGGGUACGAAGACCCUAUAUUGAAUCAAGAAUGCAGAAAAUGAAUAUGUAAUGAGAUUUCAGUUUCGUGUGUCCAAA